UUAAGGCCCAGCCCAAGCUAUAGGGAGAAGUGGCCCUGUCACGGCCCAGCCAUGGGGGACACCUUCAUUCGCCAUAUCGCCCUCCUGGGCUUCGAGAAGCGCUUUGUCCCCAGCCAACACUAUGUGUACAUGUUCCUGGUUAAGUGGCAGGACCUGUCGGAGAAGGUGGUCUACAGGAAAUUCACCGAGAUCUACGAGUUCCAUAAAAUGCUAAAGGAGAUGUUCCCCAUUGAGGCCGGUGAGAUCCACACAGAGAACAGAAUCAUCCCGCACCUCCCGGCACCCAGGUGGUUUGAUGGGCAGCGAGCCGCUGAGAGCCGUCAGGGCACGCUCACCGAGUACUUCAACAGCCUCAUGGGUCUGCCCGUGAAGAUCUCCCGCUGCCCACACCUGCUGGACUUCUUCAAAGUGCGCCCCGAUGACUUGAAACUGCCCACGGACAGCCAGGUGAAGAAGCCAGAGACAUACCUGAUGCCCAAAGAUGGCAAGAAUAACGUAGCUGACAUCACAGGCCCCAUCAUCCUUCAGACCUAUCGGGCCAUCGCUGACUACGAGAAGAGUUCAGGAACGGAGAUGACUGUGGCAACGGGAGAUGUGGUGGAUGUCGUGGAGAAAAGCGAGAGUGGAUGGUGGUUUUGCCAGAUGAAGACAAAGCGAGGUUGGGUCCCUGCAUCCUAUCUGGAGCCCCUUGACAGUCCCGACGAGGCGGAGGAUCCGGAUCCCAACUACGAAGGUGAACCGUAUGUAACCAUCAAAGCGUACGCUGCUGUAGAAGAGGACGAGGUGUCCCUGUCUGAGGGUGAAGCCAUCGAGGUCAUUCAUAAGCUCCUGGAUGGCUGGUGGGUGGUCAGGAAAGGGGAUAUCACCGGCUACUUCCCAUCCAUGUAUCUGCAGAAGGCUGGGGAGGAGAUAACCCAGGCCCAGCGACAGAUCAGAGGCCGCGGGGCACCACCUCGAAGGUCGACCAUCCGCAACGCACAGAGCAUCCACCAGCGUUCUCGGAAGCGCCUCAGCCAGGACACCUAUCGCCGCAACAGCGUCCGAUUCCUGCAGCAGCGCAGACGCCCGGCGCGACCCGGGCCGCAGAGCAAGGAUGGCGCAAAGGACAAUCCAUCGACUCCGCGGGUCAAACCACAACCCGCGGUGCCUCCGCGACCCAGCUCGGACCUCAUCCUGCACCGCUGCACGGAGAGCACCAAGCGGAAGCUGACGUCCGCUGUGUGAGAGGCGGAGGCCCUAGACGGUCCCUAUCCCUAUCCCUGUAUAUACUUGUGUAUAGCCUCAGGUUAGAGACGCCUCCCUUGCCUUAAGGUUUGGAAUGGACUGAGAAUGCAGCAAAGGACAGGACUGGGUUAAUCUCCACCGGUAUUGCUAGGAUGAGAGGAGGCAGUGAGCACUGCUAGGGGGCAUAUGCAGGGACAAAAAAGAUCUGAUUACCUGCUGCAGAAGGCCAAGUGCCUUAGGAAUGCCCUAGGAAAGUGUUUCUCAACCUGUUGGCCGUGACCCCUUUGGGGAGGGUGUCAAAAGACUUUCCCAGAGGUUGCCUAAGACCAUUGGAAA